UGGCAGUGAUGCUCCAAGAAACCGGCAGCAAUGGAACGAAGCAGAGGAAGAGCAGCGGUUUGUUUGUUUACAUCGUUGAAGCUAAUGCUAAUGACGCAGCUAUAGUUCCAGCUACAGCGGCCGUCUCUCUCUACCUGCCGCCUGAAAGCUGUGUCUCCUGUUCCGGUUUGUCCAGCGGUUGUGAAUAAAGGCGUCGUUCCGGAGGAUUACAGCAGCCAUGGCUCAGCAGAGAGGAGUCAACAGCCUCCAGUUCAACCAGGACCAAAGCUGUUUCUGCUGCGCCAUGGAGACGGGGGUGAAAAUCUACAACGUGGAGCCGCUGAUGGAGAAGGGUCACCUGGACCAUGAGCAGGUGGGCAGUGUGGCGCUGUGCUCCAUGCUGCAUCGCUCCAACCUGCUGGCCUUGGUUGGAGGAGGAGUCAAUCCCAAAUUCUCUGAAAUCUCCGUUCUGAUCUGGGAUGACGCUCGAGAGUCCCGAGACCCCAAGGAUAAGCUGGUGCUGGAGUUCACCUUCACCAAAUCGGUUCUGGCCGUUCGCAUGAGGCACGACAAGAUCAUCAUCGUGUUGAAGAACAAGAUCUUCGUUUACAGUUUCCCAGACAAUCCAGUCAAGCUUUUUGAAUUCGACACCAGAGACAAUCCUAAAGGUAUCUGUGAUCUGUGUCCCAGUCUGGAGAAACAGCUGUUGGUAUUCCCAGGUCACAAAUGUGGCAGCUUGCAGCUGGUUGACUUGUCCAACACCAAGCCCGGCACGUCGUCGGCGCCGUUUACCAUCAACGCCCACCAGAGCGAGAUCGCCUGCGUGGCGCUGAACCAGCCAGGCAGCGUGGCGGCGUCAGCGUCCCGCAAAGGAACCCUGAUCCGACUGUUCGACACCACGACCAGAGACAAGCUGGUGGAGCUACGUAGAGGCACCGACCCGGCCACGCUCUACUGCAUCAACUUCAGCCACGACUCGUCCUUCCUGUGUGCCUCCAGCGACAAAGGCACCGUCCACAUCUUUGCUCUGAAGGACACCAAACUCAACCGACGCUCGGCCCUGGCCCGUGUCGGGAAGGUGGGCCCUGUGAUUGGUCAGUACGUGGACAGCCAGUGGUCGCUGGCCAGCUUCACCGUGCCCGCUGAGUGCGCCUGCAUAUGUGCUUUUGGAAAAAACACGUCCAAGAACGUGAACUCUGUCAUCGCCAUCUGUGUAGAUGGGACCUUCCACAAGUACGUCUUCACACCGGAUGGAAACUGCAAUCGAGAAGCCUUCGACGUGUACCUGGACAUCUGUGAUGACGACGACUUCUGAGAGGAAGGCAGAGGGACGAGACGGACCUGAAGAGACCGCUGUGGUCUGGAGAAGGAAAAGACCACCGAGCUGCAGCCUGUUUUAUCGAGAGCCUCGUUUUAGUCAGUUGUAUUUACAAUGUGCAGCUCAGUCGGUCAAAUGCAGCCCAACUUACCUGGAUGACGAGUGACACAUGACUAAUGUGCAGGAUUUAUGGAAGCUGACAGUGAAAAAAAUCUGUUUCUUUUAUUAGUAAUAAAUGGACCUUUUCUUUA